CCAGCAGCUCUUGCUGCUACUGAAAUGUCCGUGGCCUCAGUCUCAGCACCAGCAGCAGCUGCAGCACCUCGUGCUGCUUCUGAACAGUCCGUGGACUUAGCGCGGCCUUUUCUGCGACCUGUUCUAAGUGUACACUGGUGAGCUUAUCGGGGUUGAUUAUUUGUUGAGUCAGACUGGCCAGCCCCUUAAAAUACUCCCUGACUCAGAGGAGACAGACAAUAUGCUGGAGGAUGUGAACGAGACAGAGGAAGAAGAAGAAGGAGAAGACGAGGGCUUCCAGGAAGACACAGUGUCAAGUCUCCUGGAUGACCCAAGCCUCACUGACUCUUCUCAGCCUGCAGCCACCUAUCUGCUCUUCCAGACUCCUGCCUCCUCCCUGCCUGCUGCGUCCACCUCCCAGCCUGCUAACUCCUCCUCCCAGGCUGCUACCUCCUCCUCCCAGCCUCCAGCCUCCUUCCAGCCUCCAGCCUCCUUCCAGCCUCCUGCCUCCUCCCAGGCUGCUACCUCCUCCUUCCAGCCUCCUGCCUCCUCCCAGGCUGCUACCUCCUCCUCCCAGUCUGCUAGUUCCUCCUUCCAUCCUGCUGCCAUCAUACCGCAGCCAGGUGUCUCCUCAGAGUCCGAGGCUGUGGAUAAUUCGUGCAUGCCAGGGUUGGACAAGGUGGACAAGUUGGCAGAGUGUCUGGUGGAGUUGAGGAACCAGUCCUCCAUGGCUCUGAGCAACCAGACGGCAAGCAACAUUGUUGCUCUGUGGCAGAACCUGGAUGAGUAUGAUAAAAAAGAAUCAUAUUCUCUGCCAGGCACCAGAGUCGGCUGGACACGGGAGGUUCAAGUCCUCCAAAAAAGCAGGACUUCACCACAGGGGUGGAAAGUUUGA